AUGGUUGGCAUUCCCCGAAAACCGUACUGCCAACCCUGUAAACGCAGGAGAGUAAAACCUCAAUGUUCAGCAUGCAAGCGCGCAGGACUGGAGUGCCCAGGUCCAGAUAAUUUGACGAAGUUUGUCCUCAUUAACUGUCACAAAGUCACCCCAGACGAUGGGCAAUAUUCGACAUCCCUUCCCGGUGGUGGCACAUCAUCGACGACUGUGGCUAUAUCGUCUGAUAGAAGACUGGUCUUAGCCAACAGGACCACGGCCAGCUCUACGAGGGAGACAAGAAAUGGCUCGUCCUUUCGUUCAUUUCGUUUAUUGAAUCCCACAACUCAGUCCUCCUUAAUGAGUACAAGUGAUAAUAUCUCAUUUCGCUUGGUCUCCUUAAUGGGAGCAAACAUCGAUGAAACCGUGAAGCUUAGAUUAAAAAUCUUCCGAGAAAUUCCUCGUCGUCUAACUCUAAGUAUUUGUCUUCAAGAUGCCGUUGCAUACUGGUGCAGUUCUUGGGUAGAUUACCAAAAAGGGUUGAGGCAGAUGAGCCCUACCACAUGGCAGAAUCACGGAAGGCUGCUCCGCAGUCUGCAAAAGGCAAUCCAGGGACCAGAAGCAUUGAGUGUUGAAACCUUGGCCGCGGCGACACUUUUAUACCGGACCGGAGAGCUCCUGAGCUACGAGCAGCACGAGCCAAGCCAAGAACCUCAAGAGCGAGGGAUUGCGACCUUGACUCGAGAAAGAGGGUUACCAAACCCCGACGAUCCGCUGGAUGCUAUGCUGUCAUUUGAGAACCGAGCCAUUAUUGAAAGUUUGGCUCUCCGGUCUCCAAAAGAUACAGAAUUCUACUUCACCGAUCCCUGA